AAAUACAAGGCCAUAGUGCAAGGUCAAGGUGAGGAGCCCUUUGUAAGAUAAUUCGGAUGAUAAUUCCCUAUUUAUUACACUAUUAUCUACAACUUCUCACUCACAGACCCUUAUAAUAAAAAUAGAAUAACUUUUUAACCUUGACCUUGAGUUAUUCUCGUCCCCACCCUACUGUUACCGUGUAUUUGGGGAGCAAGUUUUUCGGUUUUUGAUUGCAUUUUGUGUUUUGUCUCAGCGGUUUUUGUUUACAGUAAUUUAUGAGCUGUAAAUUAAACACAUGUGAUUAGAUAUUUAGGUAGGAAUUAAGCUAUUAUUAUUUUCGCAAAGAAUUCAUUGGGUUUUUUGUUGCUUUCGGAGUUGAAUUGAAGAUGUGGAAAUACGUUGCAGGUUCUGUGGUAGCUGGUUCGGUAGCUUACGGUUUGGUUAAAUACUUUGCUGGAGGCGUUUGUCGUUGCACUGCGAGAUUAGACGGUCAAGUAGUGAUUAUUACAGGAGCUAAUUCCGGCAUAGGCAAGGCUUUGGCUCUUGAGCUAGCCCAGAGAGGCGCUACAUUAAUCCUCGCUUGUAGGAGUGUAGACAAAGGUUUGGAGACCAAAAAGUACAUUCAGUCUCGUUUAAACAACAAAUUCAUCAAGAUAUUCGUGAAAGAACUGGAUCUUGCAAAACUAUCGAGUAUCCUGAAGUUUGCGCAAACUUUAAAAUCAGAGUUCACUGAGAUUUACGCUUUGGUUAACAACGCCGGAGUAUUUCAUCACCCGCAGGGGUUAACUGAAGACGGCUUUGAAAUAACAUUGCAGACGAACUAUUUGGGUCCGUUUGUCCUGACACAUCAUCUACUGGAUCUUCUUAAAAAAUCUGUACACGCCAGAAUCGUCAACGUAUCCUCAGAAGCGCACCGAAUUGUCAAUACUUAUGACUUAAACGCUGUAACGAAAUGUCAGACUGAAUUCAGAGAUCAUUUUACAGCUUACGGUGUCUCGAAGCUCGCCUUGAAUUUAUUCACAAAGGAACUAUCCAAGAAAUUAUUAAAUACCAACGUUAUAGUAAACGCAGCCAAUCCUGGUAACGUCGAGACUCCAAUCUUCAGAAACUUUUUCCCGUUAAGCAAUCCGUUCUUAUUCGCUCUUCAGUGGCCCAUUAGAUUGGUGGUUAUUAAGAGCCCCAAACAAGGCGCUCAAACUCCUCUUCAUUUACUCCUGACUUCCAGCAGAACCACAGGACAGUAUUUUAGUGACUGUAAACUAGCAGUGCCCAGUCCUAUUUGCUCUAAUGAUAAAAUCGCUCAUGAGUACUACAAUCUAACACUAGAAGUUCUAGCUGAUAAGUUCAAUACGGAAUCCGAAUGUUAAGCAUGGAGAAGGUUUCACCGGACGGGAAGAUUACCAAGCACGUUUUAAUAGCCGGUAAAUUAGGAUUAAAACCCAGCGAAAACAGCAAAUGCACUAUUACCAUAACAGAUUGUUCUUACCUUGAUAAUAUUACCGAUACCAUUAUUACAAUAGGGGAUGCCGAUGGGGAUUUGUGGAGGUCAAUCGAGCUCUGCUUAAUGUCCAUGUACGUUGGGGAAAAAUCAAGUUUUUUAAUUUUAGAUUCGAAUGAAAAUGUAUCUUUAGUUAUAGAAAUGUUAGAUAUAGAAUUUGAUGGUUACAUAUACGAAUGGAGCGCUGAUAAGAAAAUAGGUUUAGCAAUGCACCAUAAGAAUGCAGGAAACCAAUUUUUCAAAGCGAAUAAUAACAAAGAUGCUGCUUUUAGGUUUAUAAAAGGUUUAAAAAUUUUGCAUUCUAUACCUCUCGAUGUAGAGUUAGCAAAUUCUAGUGUAGAAGAUAUUUUAGUUUCCGAUAUUAAUCAAUACAAAGAGACUUUAUACAACAAUUUAUCCUCGUGCUAUCUAAAAAACAAAAAUUGGCUGAAAGUAAUAGAUUUGUCAUUAAAAGUUUUGUCUUAUAACUCGAGUAAUGUUAAGGCUUUGUAUAAGUUAGGAGUAGCGUAUGAAAAUGAAAAUAAUUUUGAAAAAUCUAUAGAUAUUUUUACUAAGUUACUAGAAUUAGAGCCUGAAAAUAAGGCAUGUACUGAGCAUUUAGCACACGUUAAGAAGGAACUGAAGAAAGCUAAUAUUAGGGUAAAUGAUAUGAUAAAGAAAAUGUUUCCUACGAAUUAGUUUUUAUCGAUAAGAAUUUGUAUUUUUUUGUUGUCUUCAUUGUAGUUGAAAUAAACAUUUUUCUUAUAAUUUUUGUUGAUUCAUUAGGAAUUAAAUAACACGUGUUGUUUAAAAAUAUUUUAUUACCA